AGAGAUUGGCCCCACACACCCGGCAUCUACAGAGUUAAACCAAUGUACAGCUGCUGUGCCUGAACCCUCCCUUCCCUCCACACCUCCCUGUUCCACAGGCCCCCAGUGACCCGUAGCUUUGGCCAGAACUGCAUGCCUGUUGAUGUGCCUGAGUGUUGAGACUUGGGCACCCACCUUUUGGGGUUCAACUCUUCUCUGGUUUGCCACAGGUGGCAACGCAGCCUCAAACAAUGACCCCGAAAUGGAUGGGGAAGAUGGGGUUUCCUUCAUCAGUCCAUUGGGUAUCCUGUACACCCCGGCCUUAAAAGUGAUGGAGGGCCAUGGGGAAGUGAAUAUCAAGCACUAUCUAAACUGCAGCCACUGUGAAGUAGACGAAUGUCACAUGGACCCCGAGAGCCACAAAGUCAUCUGCUUCUGUGACCAUGGGACCGUGCUGGCUGACGAUGGUGUCUCCUGCAUUGUGUCGCCCACCCCGGAACCCCACCUGCCGCUCUCAUUGAUCCUCUCCGUCGUGACCUCUGCCCUGGUGGCCGCUCUCGUUCUGGCAUUCUCCGGCAUCAUGAUUGUGUACCGCCGGAAGCACCAGGAGUUGCAAGCUAUGCAGAUGGAGCUGCAGAGCCCUGAGUAUAAGCUAAGCAAGCUACGGACCUCGACCAUCAUGACAGACUACAACCCCAACUACUGCUUUGCUGGCAAGACUUCAUCCAUCAGUGACCUGAAGGAGGUGCCUCGGAAAAACAUCACCCUCAUCCGGGGCCUAGGCCAUGGCGCAUUUGGGGAGGUGUAUGAAGGCCAGGUAUCUGGAAUGCCCAAUGACCCAAGCCCUCUACAAGUGGCUGUAAAGACGCUGCCGGAAGUGUGUUCAGAGCAAGAUGAGCUGGACUUCCUCAUGGAAGCGCUGAUCAUCAGCAAAUUCAACCACCAGAACAUUGUCCGCUGCAUCGGGGUGAGUCUGCAAGCCCUGCCCCGCUUCAUCCUGCUGGAGCUCAUGGCUGGUGGAGACCUCAAGUCCUUCCUCAGGGAGACACGUCCUCGCCCGAACCAGCCCACCUCUCUGGCCAUGUUGGACCUUCUGCACGUGGCUCGGGACAUUGCCUGUGGCUGUCAGUACCUGGAGGAAAAUCACUUUAUCCACCGCGAUAUUGCUGCUAGAAACUGUCUGCUGACCUGUCCAGGAGCUGGGAGAAUAGCGAAGAUCGGAGACUUCGGGAUGGCCCGAGAUAUCUACAGGGCCAGCUACUACAGAAAGGGAGGCUGUGCCAUGCUGCCAGUGAAGUGGAUGCCCCCGGAGGCCUUCAUGGAAGGAAUAUUUACUUCUAAAACAGAUACAUGGUCUUUUGGAGUGUUGCUGUGGGAAAUAUUUUCUCUCGGAUAUAUGCCAUACCCCAGCAAGAGCAACCAGGAAGUUCUGGAGUUUGUCACCAGUGGAGGACGGAUGGACCCACCUAAGAACUGCCCCGGGCCUGUAUACCGGAUAAUGACUCAGUGCUGGCAGCAUCAGCCUGAGGACAGACCCAACUUUGCCAUCAUUCUGGAGAGGAUCGAAUACUGCACCCAGGACCCCGAUGUCAUCAAUACAGCUCUGCCCAUCGAAUAUGGCCCGGUAGUAGAGGAGGAGGAGAAAGUGCCCAUGCGCCCCAAAGAUCCUGAGGGGAUGCCUCCUCUGCUGGUGUCUCCCCAGUCUGCGAAGCAGGAGGAGGCGUCCUCAGCCCCCCAACCCUCAGCCCUGGCGGCGCCAGGCCCGCUGGUGAAGAAGCCCCCGGGUGCGGGCGCGGGAGCGGGUGCCGGUCCGGUGCCCCGAGGUGCAGCCGAUCGGGGCCACGUGAACAUGGCGUUCUCUCAGCCCAACCCUCCCCCAGAGCUGCACAAAGGCCCGGGCUCCAGAAACAAGCCGACCAGCCUGUGGAACCCCACCUACGGCUCGUGGUUCACCGAGAAGCCAGCCAAAAAGACCCAUCCCCCACCGGGCGCGGAGCCGCAGGCCCGGGCUGGAGCGGCCGAGGGUGGCUGGACCGGGCCGGGUGCGGGGCCCCGCAGAGCCGAGGCUGCGCUGCUGCUCGAGCCGUCGGCGCUCAGCGCCACCAUGAAGGAGGUGCCCCUGUUCAGGCUGCGCCACUUCCCCUGCGGCAACGUCAACUAUGGUUACCAGCAACAGGGUCUCCCCUUGGAAGCCACUGCUGCCCCGGGGGACACCGUGCUGAAAAGCAAGAAUAAGGUCACCCAGCCAGGGCCCUGAGCCCUGCGUCCCACUAGCUUUUCUCCCUGGCUGGAGCUGAUGCCCACCGGGAGGGAGACAGACAGAAUGACUCCACCACAAAUCCGAGACCAAAUGUCACUCACUUUCAUUUUUGUGCCAACUUGUUUUGAAGUGCCACAUUUAAAAGAGAAAAAGAAAAAAAAAGAGGAAAACUUGUUUUCAAGAUGUGUUAGAAAGGGUUUUGAGCAUGGGUUCAUCCAUCCUCUCAAAAGAAGAAAAUGCCGUUCUUAAGAAAGCGAUCAGUACAAGGCCCAGAUUGGUUGCGUAGUUUUGGUGCAUGAUCUGCUGUACAGUCCCCUCAGGCUUCUUUCCGAUUUGUGUGUGCUCUCUGCUUCCGUGUAGUCAGAAAUAGCUGCCUCCAUGUCUCAUAGGGGGAGUCGUAGGUGUUUCCUUGCCUUGUGGAUAUGAACCAUUCGAGGGGCGAGGGAACAGAAAUAAAGGAAUUAAUUUCAAUGACUCAGCAUGGGGAGAGACGUUAUUUACUUGGAAAAGAAAUAUCAUACACUGUCAUCGCUGUGGAUGGUGGUUAGAGGCUUUUAAUUGUUCUAACUCAUUGCCUAUUGUAAAAAAAAAA